CCACUGCUGGAGAAGCAGCGCUUGCUCGCCAAGAACGCACAGCUCAAGGAUGAAAUCCUGCGUGUUUCUGCCGUCCACACCAAGAUCAUCCGCGAUUCCGCUCUCGCCCAACCUGUGCCGUGGUUCAGCAGCAGCAGCAGCAGCAGCGACGCUGGUCGUGAAGCGCUUCUCCGCCACGCGAAGGCUUCCAUGGAGCAGUUCCUGGUGCUCGCGACCAAGGGGGAGCCGAUGUGGCUCCCUGCCGCAGACGGCGGCGAGGUGAUGAACUAUGUGGAGUACCGUGCCGAACUCUCCCCGGCCAUGAUCGGGCUCCGCCGCCCCGAGGGGUUCGCCGUGGAGGCCACCAGGGACGCUGCCAUGGUUCGGGGCAGUGCUGCUGAGCUCGUCAGCAUCUUCAUGGACACUGCUCGCUGGUCCGAGACGUUCACUGGGGUUGUGGCAAGUGUGGUAGCCGGUGAUGUUUGUGUCCACUGGUAGUUUCGCUGAUGGGCAGAUUCAGCUGAUGAAUGCCGAGAUGUGGGUGCAGUCGCCAUGCGUGCCGAACCGCACCGUGAAGAUCUUGAGGUACUGCAAACUGGUUGCUGAGAGGCAAUGGGCUGUGAUGGACGUCUCUGUCGAUGGCAUCUUUGGGCAACAAGUUUUGCCGGCUAGGUACAUGGGCUGCAGGCUGCUGCCGUCCGGCUGCCUUAUUGAGGACAUGAGCAAUGGCCACUGCAAGGUCACAUGGAUUGUUCAUGCCGAGUAUGAUGAGACCACCAUGCCACCGACGUUCAGGCCAUUGUUCCUCAACGGGCAAGCCCUGGGUGCGCAUCGCUGGCUCGCUUCACUCCAGAGGCAGCGUGAACACGCCGCUGCUUUGUACUCCAGCCUUUAUCCAGGAAACAACAACGCAGCAGAAGCCGCUGGCAUGCUCAAGCUGGCGCAGCAGAUGAUGGCGAGCUUCUACGCGGCUGUCUCCGGGCCCAUCCCUCGGACUCCGGCAACGACCGGCAUUAUCAACGACUGGUUUGGCAGCAUCGGCACCGGCGUCGAGAGGUUUGAUGCAGCUGUGCGCAUGGUGACCUGGGAGAAACCCGGUGGCGGUGCGGCCGGCGAGCCGGCGAGCUGGUACCUGAGCGCGACCACCACGCUGCGGCUGCCCUGCACUCCGCCCGAGCGCGUGUUCGGCUACCUCCGCGACGAGCAGCGCCGUGGCGAGUGGGACUUCGUCUUCGCCAAUGGUGCCGCGGUGCAGGAGUUGAGGUCUGUUUCCACGGGCUACCUCUCAGGCAACGUCGUCUCCAUCCUCUCCAAUAUGACUGAUGGAACCAAGGGCAGGGUGCUGAUCCUGCAGGAGGCGCGCACCGACGCGUCGGGCUCCCUGGUGGUGUACACUCCGAUUGGGGAGGAGGCCAUGGCCAUGGAUGCUGCCAUGGCCGCCGCCGCCGCCGCCUCCUCCUUCCCCACGCCGUCUGGAUUCGCCAUCCUCCCGGACGGCCGCGGCAGCAAGGCUCGCCACGCUCCGAGCACCUCCUCCAGCGCUCCCGUCCUCCGCGACGGCGCCACCGGAGGGUCUCUUGUCACCAUGGCCUACCAGGUGCUGCUGCCCGGCCCGCCGCCCGACACCGCUGGGGCCAUUGAUGACAUCGGGAAGCUGAUCUGCCAUGUGAUGGAGACGAUCAAGAUGUUAGAUUCACUGGUUCUUGGUUUCUGUACAGGAUCAUCUUCUAGAUGUAAACACGGGCAUGGGGAUUACAUAUUCUAAGUAGUAAACAAGUGUUCAUCCUUCUAGUACAAGAGAGGGAGAGGUAGAGAGAAAAAGAAGGGGGCGCAGAGGAUGCAAACCCCAUGGCGCCGAUGGCGCAGAGAGGCUCCGGUUCGUCGAGGCGCGGGUCCGGCGGCGACGGUGGUCGGCGAGGGAAGCGGAAACUCUCUUGCCUCCAUCGGGUCUGGCCGGCGACAGAAGUAGCGGAGGGGAGCGACGUGGUGGCGCUUCCCAUCGGC